AUGAAGUUAAGUGUUAAGGUGAUGCGAGUUGAAGUCCGAUUGUGUCUGCUGGUCGCAACACUGGCCCUCGGCUGCGCUGAGGGUGCGGGGCUCUGCGAACGCGGCCGCAGCUGGUGGCACCGGAAAAGCGGCACCUGUCUCCCCUGCACCCGCUGCGACCCGGCGCACUUCGCGGUUAAGUACCCCUGCGAAGUGCACAGGGACACCGUGUGCCAGCCGCUUUACGAAGUGCGCAUAUUCCCAUUCAACGUGCGACGGAGGAACAAUGGCGGCGCGAGUGAGCAGUCCAGUGAUUACGAGUAUUACGAGUACUCGGACUACGGUGAAGUGACGGACGCCAGUGGCGAAGUGGUGUGGGACGUUCAGGCCUCGACCCUAGCGCUCGCGGUCGGCGGCUGUGUGGUGUUCUUCGUGGUGGUGCUGGUGCUGUCUUUGUACCACGCGAAGCAGUGGAGGGCCCUGAAGCAGGCGCUCAAGUCCGAUGUGCAAGACCUGUCAGCAAAGCUGAAACUGAUGGAGUCGGGCGGCGAGAGCCCGACGGAACAAAUAAUGCCAACGGACCACCAUAUCUACUGUAAUAUACACGUGGGCAAAGAAGCACUACUUGGUACAAACUGCACGAAAAAAGGACUCGGCAACGUCUACACUCAAGAGAAGCUCUCCUCGUCU